AUGAAGCCGUCGCGACACCCAAAAAAGCGGAUGGUCUCCUCGAUGCCCGCCGCACACUAUUCCCUCUACGCAUGGGCAUCAAGGAUGAAGGUUCGGGGUACGGUGUUCGGGCUGUUGUGCAUCUUCUGCCUGUCGACGCUCUCGCUGCUCCUCGUCUGGUCACUCGCCCCCACCGCGCAUCGAGGCGUCAAACCCUCCAGAUUCCCCCGCCAUCUCGAGGAGUUGAAGGUGGUCGCCGAGUUUCUGAAGGACUACAGAGAUGAGCACUACAUCUACACAUUGUUCAUGUUCUCGCUGGCCUACCUCUACAAGCAGACAUUCGCCAUCCCCGGAUCGUUCUUUAUGAAUCUGCUAGCGGGUGCGUUAUUCGGUCGUUGGCUCGGCGGAGUGCUCGUGUGUCCCUUGACGUCGAUGGGCGCCUCUUUUUGCUAUCUUCUCAGCUGGACGUUCGCCGCGCCGCUGCUCGAGAAAUACUUCGUGGAGACGAUCCGGCGCUUCAAGAUGAAGGUUGAAGAGAACGAGCACCGGCUGCUGUGGUUUCUCCUCGGCGCCCGCAUCUUCCCCUUCACCCCGCAUUGGUUGGUGAACAUCUCCUCCCCAUUCCUCGGCGUGCCACUGCCCACCUUCUCGCUCUCCGUACUGCUCGGCGUCGCCCCCUACAACUUUCUGUGCGUGCGCGCCGGCGGGAUAUUGGCCGACCUCAAAUCGGCAUCCGACGUGCUCGACGCGAAGACGUUGUGCGAGUUGUUGCUGAUCGCUCUGGUCGUGUUGGGCAUCGGGAUGAAGGCGAAGAAGAGAACACCUCCAAUCGAUGCCGAUGGACAACAACAGGAGCCCCUCGUCACCACCACCCAUCCACACGCA